AUGGGAAAAGUGGUCUUCGGGGCAUAUCACCUUCAAUGCAAGCUAUUUGUUUCAGAAGAAACUUUUGAUUGGCGUGUUUUAGCUCGUGGGAACACCCAACUCUUCUCUCUGGGUCAACCAUCUUUACUGCAUUCAGUCUCCAUCUGUCACUCCCUAGUUAGUUGCCAUUUGCUUGCUGUAUAUCAUCUGAGAGCGCCUUAUCUUUGCAGAUUCAAGUUGAUUAAGGAAGUUGGUGAUGGGACAUUCGGGAGCGUAUGGCGCGCUAUAAAUAAACAAAAUGGUGAAGUUGUGGCCGUUAAGAAAAUGAAAAGAAAAUAUUAUUCUUUCGAGGAAUGUAUGAGUUUACGUGAAGUAAAGUCUUUGCGGCGCAUGAAUCACCCUAACAUAGUGAAGCUCAAGGAGGUCAUAAGGGAAAAUGAUAUAUUAUACUUCAUAAUGGAAUACAUGGAGUGCAAUCUCUACCAACUUAUGAAAGACAGAGUAAAGCCUUUCGCGGAGUCAGAUGUCCGUAAUUGGUGCUUUCAGAUUUUCCAGGCUCUUGCCUAUAUGCACCAGAGGGGAUACUUUCAUCGUGACCUCAAACCAGAGAAUCUGCUGGUUAGCAAAGAUGUCCUAAAGCUAGCAGACUUUGGUCUAGCAAGAGAAAUUUCAUCUGCACCACCAUACACAGAAUAUGUGUCAACACGCUGGUACCGAGCACCUGAAGUAUUGCUCCAGUCAUCUGCUUAUGAUUCUGCAGUUGAUAUGUGGGCAAUGGGUGCCAUAAUGGCCGAGCUGUUGACACUCCAUCCUCUUUUCCCUGGCACAAGUGAAGCAGAUGAGAUUCUCAAGAUUUGCAACGUUAUUGGUUGCCCAGAUGAGCAAACAUGGCCCCAGGGAUUGUCUCUUGCAGAGGCGAUGAAGUAUCAGUUCCCACAGAUCAGAGGCAGUCAACUGUCGGAGGUAAUGAAAUCAGCCAGUAGUGAGGCAGUUGACCUUAUAUCUUCUCUGUGCUCAUGGGAUCCUUGCAAGAGACCAAAAGCUGCGGAAGUUCUCCAACAUGCCUUCUUUAAGGUGUGCAAAGAAAACUUCAAUUGGAUCGCCAGGCACCACAGAAGAGUGCACGGCCCACUGAGAGUAACACCAAACAAACUACUAGUCGAGUACCGGCAAGGAAUAGCCCAGGCAAGUUUCCUAUAUAAAGCUGCUUUGCGAAAUUUCCAUCCCAAAGCUUGUGGUCUGAUCAUGAAGAUCUUUUUUCUUUCUUUCACUGGAACCACAGGGAACGCUAACCCGAUAUUAAGGCAUUCACGCAGUUUACCUGAAACUGGCCGGGCAACGGUUCAGAAGGUUUCGACUAUCACCGAAAAGCUUGCUCAUAUGUCUGUGACCUCUCGAACACGCACGGCCGUGAAGCCCCCUGUCCCGCUGUUGAAGGCUGGGCAUCUCAAGUCAGACUUCCUCGGGAAAUCCGACGAAAUCCCUCCGGCAAAGAGAUUGACAAGAAAGUUGGUGAGCUAA